AUGCUGAAUGCUGUUGUAUUGGGACGAUCUGCUCCCUAUGGGAUGAUUUUAACAAAAAUAUUCAAAAUUUUCAAAAUCCCACUUGAGGAUGAACAUUCCAUCUACUUCAACAACACUUUUUCUAUGAAGAACAUUAAACAGAUGAAGAUUCAAAAUGAUGACCGUCCUGCCUCGAAGAAAAGAAAAACUCGUCCUUCCUCUGUUUCUCAAAACUCUGAGGAUGAACCACCUCAUCCUCCACCUGAGGAUACACCAUCACCAAUACCAAUCUCUCCACUGCGUAACUCUCCUGAUCCUACUCCUUCUCCUGCCUCACCUGUCCCCACAACAACUCAGUCUACACCAAUCCACAAACUGACUCCACUUCGUGAAGCCGAUCCUAUCCCUGAGGAUGCCUCAAAAUCAACUUCUCCUCAACAUAUGGAAGAUGGUGAGGAGUUAUACUUUGAUCUGAAUCUAUCUUACCCUCCAUCUCCUACGGAUGUGCCUAUGGCUUCUCCUCCCACUGUGCCAGUGGAUGAAGAUGUAAUCCCUCCACCAGAUUUUUCGCAACAAAUUCCUCCUGCUGCAAACUUUGACAAAACUGAUCAACCUCUCCCUGAGGUUACAGGUGUGUUCAGUUCCCUUGACUCCUUCUUCACUGCCACAACUCAUAACCAAUCAAAGGACAAGGCUGGGAGCUCUCAGAAUAAGAGUUCCAGUGUCAAUGACCAGCCUAAAGGCUCGGUUCCUAGCACAAGGAUUGGGGAAAGCACGAAGAAGAUGAAACUCCUAAAAUUAAUUAGGAAAGACCAGAAGAAAAUUCUUCAGCGCUUCACUCAUUUUCAGAAUUCUUUGGUUCAGUUUGGGCUCAUUCUUGAAUGGGCUAGCACGCACGCCUCGUUCGUGCCAAAUUCGCAAACACGCUCGUCUUCGCACACCCGACACGAGCGAGAACCCUACCUCGUGAGACGCAUCUCGCACGCUCGCUCGUACACCUCGCCGGCCGGAUUUCACCCCUUUCUCGCCGCCGGGAUCUAUCCGGUACCGCCGUCGACCUCUCCGGAUCUCAGUCCUCCUGGUUCUUCUCCUUCUCCGUUCAUCCGUGCCGGAACUCCGCGUCGGUUACCGAUAAUUUCGGUACCCGACGGAGUUCUCAACGACCUAGCUUGGACAAGACCGAUCUGCGGAUUUUUUAUUUAUUUAACAAUUAUUUCGAUCUCAAAGGUAACCUCGUGCUGA